AUGGACCUGGUGAAGCCUGCAUGCUCGACCAACAAGUACCUGUACGUGCACUUUGACGGACAAGGAAGAGGCCAGGAUGCCGUGGGCGCCGGGUGGGAUAUCCGGGACAAAAAGUUGGACCCCCCUGCCGAGCACGGUGGGUGGCCGGAUGUCCGGAUGAGCCGUGGUAGGCGGGCCAUGACCAAGCUGGACCAGGAUGGGUGGCCGGCUGUAGGUUGGCCUGCCGGUUUCCACGAGGAGGAGGGCUCGCAGCGGCGACGAGGUGGAGGUGGAGGUGCUGGAGGCGGGAGGAUGCGCGGAUGGCUAUUUAUUAUUCAGUCGCAUCCUGAUCUGAGCUGGCGUCGGGAAGCCGCGAAUUUUGCUCGCAUUCCUGAAACCCGUCGCCGCCUGUCCCACGUGGAAGUGAAAGCGAGUCGACGAGACGGUGAAUUCUGGUUCCUUCGAGCCAUUCUUGGUACACGGAAGGGUUCUUCUGGACGCGCCGGUGAAGCCGCGGCCACGACGCUCGUAACUCCGCUCGGCGUUGCGGCGAUGAUGGCGCGGGCAAAAAGUCUGCACCACUUCUUCUUAUCAGAUGAGAUUGAUAAAGAUUCCCUUUUACACUGGCCCGCCCCCCUCGCCGCCGUCGAGUCGGACCUGCUCUUUGGGAGGAUCAAACGUCGUAACUCCGACGACGACCUGUUCUCCUCGCCCGCCAUUGCCGCCGGCACCAUGCCCAUGCCCGUACCCGUACCCAUACCACCCAUGCCAGACCCCGACGCCGGCCACGACGACGACGACGACGACCGAAGCUCGACGCCGGAUUCCGACGACGGCGCCGAGGAAGCUCGCGUGCGGAGGGGCGGCUCCGGGGGCUCCGCAGCCUCGCCGACCACCGGAGGCUCCGACCAUCCGCCGGCCCGCAAGAGGCAGCGUGUGCGUCUCAGCUGCCUCGAGUGCCGCCGCCGCAAGCUCUCCUGCGACCGAGGCUUCCCCUGCGAGCGUUGCAUCAAGAGCGGGACGCCGGAUCGUUGCAGCUACGAGGCGCGCAACGGCGACGUCGUCAACGCCUCCUCGGGCGUGCCGCCGCCCUUUGGCCAGCUCGACGGCCGUCGCUUCGGCAUCGGCAUCGGCCUCGGCCUCGGCGGCGAUGGCUCCUCGACCCUGACCUCGCGCGAGGACCACGACCGACUCCGCAGGCUCGAGCUGGAGAUUGCCCAGCUCAAGACGCAGCUUCUCGCGCGCCCCGGCGGCGGCGUCGGCUCCUUGGACGGCAGCACCGUCGCCGGCAGCAGCCACUCGCCGGCGACGCAGCAGAGGGAGGACGGCGGCGCGGCCGGAGCCCUCGACGCCAACGGCGAGGCCGCCCCCCGGCCCGACGUGCAGGAGUGCAUCGACGCCAGCAACAUGAGCGGCGACAAGGGCGAGCUGCGCUUCUUCCGCGGCAAGGGCUUCCGCACCCGCUACUUUGGCCCCCACAACGCGAGCAUGGCCUUUGUCGAGCUCACCGGCCUCUGCCCCUUUAUGCGGGAGACGGCCGACGAGUGGCUGCGGCCCGUCAUCCUGCACGAUCGAAAGGACCGCAAGCGACGCCUCGAGGACCGCGAGCUGCGCUUCAACGAACCCGACGCCGAGCUCAUGGCCCUGCUGCCGACGCGCGAGGAGGCCGACGCGCUCAUCGCCGUCUACCUCGACCAGUUCGAGCAGGUCCACCGCAUCGUCCACAUACCCACCUUUCGUGCCGAGUACGCCGGCUUCUGGAAGGCCGACGCCGGCGGCAGCGUCCACGCCAACGGCAACGUCCACGCCAACGGCAACGUCCACGGCCACGGUCACGUCAAACCACCCCACGCCGCCUUCACCGCCCUCGUCCUCUCCAUGAUGGCCGUCGCGAGCUGCGUGCACACGCACGAAUCGCUCAAGUUCAUCGGCAUGAUGUCUAACGCCCGUCACUGGGCCGAGCGCUGGAUCAACGCCUGCGAUGGCUGGCUCGCGAGGCAGAGCCAGAAGCACCGCAAGCUCAUUCACUUCCAGAUCGCCUGCCUCCUCUACCUCGGCAAGCGCGUCAACACGAUCAAGAAGAAGCGCUUCUGGACCAGCGCCGGCGCCCUCAUCCAGGACGGCAUCGCCGUCGGCCUGCACCGCGAGCCGAGCCACAUGGCCGGCAAGAUCAGCAUCUACAACCAGGAGAUGCGUCGACGGAUAUGGACGACGGUCCAGGAGUUCGACAUGCAGGCCUCCUUCGACCACGGCCUGCCAACGCUCGUGAGCCACCUGCACUACGACACGAACGCGCCCCGCAACCUCGACGACGACGACUUUGACGAGGACACGACGACGCUACCGCCGUCGAGGCCGGCCAAGGAGUACACCUUCUGCUCCUUCCAGAACCUCGCCCGCCAGAGCCUGCCGCUGCGGCUCGAGCUGUCCCGGCUGCUGACGGGCCCGCUCUCGGACAUUGACUACGACCAGGUGAUCCGCUACACAAACGACCUGACGCACGAGAUCGACGCGCUGCCGUCCUGGGACACGAACCCGAACCGGAACGCCGACGUCGACGUCGACGGGGCUCGCGGCGGCGGGAGGAAGAAGAACCCGCUCAUCGCGUACACGCUGUUGCACGUCCAGCUGCGGCAGUACAUCAUCCCCCUCCACCAACCGUACCUCAAGCUGCGCAAGCAAAACUCCAAGUACCAGUACUCGGAAAUCAUCUACUACAACGCCGCCCGCGACAUUGUCCUCCUCCACGACAAGUUGUACGAGCAGGGCGUGCGCGCCCUCAACUUCCUGCGCGAGGACGCGCUCACGACGGCCAUCAACCUCUGCAGCGUCACCAUGCUGCAGCCGCGGGGCUCGACCAACAUGAUCAUGAUCAACUCGCACCACACCCUGAAGCUCAUCGAAAAGUGCAUCGCCAUGAAGGAGGACCGGCUGCUGCGCUGCGGCAACAACGAGCCGUGGGGCUACUCCAUCAUGUGCGCCGCCCUCGGCCUCCUCGAGGCUCACCUGGGCACCAAGACGCCCGAGGUGGCCAAGUCGACGUCCGCCGAGCGUUUCGUCAACCUGCACUACCGCCUGCUUGCGAACCAGGAGCCGGCCGCGUCGUCGGCCGUGUCGAGCACGCCCGCGAGCGGCCCGACGGCGGUCACGACGACGACGACGCUGACCUCGGCGCCGGGACAGGGGCAGGGACCGGGACUCGGGCCCAACCAGGGCCUGGGCGUGCUGGAAAGGAGCAAGGUACGAGGGCCGCCGCCGUCGCCGCCGCCACCGGCGUCUGCUAACGCAGCCUCCGCACAGCUUGACGCAGCCUUUCCGUUUCACAACCACUCGUCGGUGGCGGCCAACGGCAGCGGAAGCCUCGAUGCCUCCGGCGUGUCCGGUCCCGCGCCGUGGAUCCUCGGCGACCAGACAUUCAACAUGGAGCCGAGCCUCGAGCUGCUGGGACUCAACCUCAACGAGCUCUGGGGCGAGUCGUGGGAGCUCGGCUGA